AUGGGCGCCGCGGCGGCCCUCGACGACGGCCGCGUCUUCCGCUCCGGCGACGCCGCGGCCGUCGCCGCGGCCGCGAACCUCGCGCUCCUGAAGAUCAAGUGCCUCACCGCGCUCGUCUGCGCGCUCGAGGGCGCGGGCGACGACCUCCGGGGCGCCAUCGUCGGCCACGCGGAGCUCCGGCCCGCGCUGGACCGGGUCGCGCUCGAGCUCCGCGAGGCCCGCGUCGAGAACGCGCGGCGCGCGGCCGUCGACGCGCCGCUCCUCGUGUCGCCCGCGCUCCUCGCCAAAGCGGCGCGGGACGGCGUCCAGGAGCUCUUCAGCAUCCGGCUCGUCGUGCGGGGCGAGUGCACGCUGAGCACGGCGCUGCUCGCGCCGCCGAAGGACCGCGGCGAGCGCCGCGCGCGGCAGCGCGCGCUGGCGAGCCUCCGGUCGAGCCUGCUCACGCUCACGUCCGAGGUGUCGUUCCGCGGGGGCUGCCGCGUCGUCGUCUACACGGCGCCGCCCUACGCCGGCGGCGGCGGCGACGAGCUCGUGCGCGCCCUCGUCGAGGAGCACCGGGGCCUCACGGUCGCCGCGCGCGUCGGCGCCGUCGUCCGCCAGGCCGCGCUUCUCGCGGACGCGAUGGCGAUGACGUGGCGGCUCACGUCGCGGUCCGCGGCCUACCGCUGGGUCCAGCGCCGCGAGCGGCCCCUGAAAUGGUCCAUCUACGCCCUCAGCUUCGUGCUCUUCGGCACGAGCUCCUUGGCGAACGACCGGAGCCACCGCAUCGCGCUGUGCCGGAAACAACCA